AUGGUUAAAUUGAGAUAUCUGUAUAUUCCUAACUUCAGCCCUGAAAAUAAAAAAGCAUUACUCGAGAACUCUCCAAAACUUGAUGAUUUGGAAACCCUUUCCAAUCCAUAUUUCACUCGUGUUGAGGAUGCAGAAUUGAUGCUGAGAAAAACACCUAAUCUUCGAAAACUGAUAUGUGAAGUCCAGUGCUUAAAAUACCCCCAUCAGUACCAUAUGUUGAAUUUCCCAAUACGGCUUGAAAUACUAAAGCUUCAUUUAUCAAAAGCCUUUGAAACUGUCCCCUUUUGCAUCUCUGCACCAAAUCUCAAAUACCUGAAAUUCUCUGGCUUUUACCUGAAUUCUCAGUACUUAUCAGAAACUGCUGAUCAUCUCAAGCACCUUGAGGUACUCAAACUGUACCGCGUUGAAUUUGGUGAUCAUGGGGAAUGGAAAGUGAGCAGUGGCAAGUUCCCUAAACUUAAAAUCUUGAAACUAGAAUAUGUGUCCUUGAUGAAAUGGAUUGUAGCUGAUGAUGCCUUUCCUAACCUUGAACAAUUGGUUUUGCUUGGAUGUGAAGAUCUUAUGGAGGUCCCUUCUUGUUUCAUGAACAUCCUUUCUCUCAAGUACAUUGAGGUAGACAUCUGCAACAAGUCUGUUGUUAAGUCAGCCAAGGAUAUACAAGAAACACAAGUCGAAGAUAAUCAAAAUACUAAUUUCAAGCUCGUCAUCAUCAAGGUACACUACUGA